CACACCAUGGAAUUCUCUAUACAAUUUCACCAACAACUCCUUUUUGCACUUCUUUUCACUACUACUAUCACCAUAUUUGUGGCCACCAUCCUUGUUAAAGGCAACUAGAAACAGCAGAGGAGACCACCAGAGCCAGAUGGGGCGUUAUCGUUCCUCGGUCAUCUUCACCUUCUCGGAAAAAAACCAGAUGCUACAUAGAACAUUUGCAGACAUGGCUGACAACGGACCGACGUUCUCGAUCCGUCUCGGGAUUGAUCGAGCACUUGUGGUGAGUAACUGGGAAGUUGCAAAAGAAUGUUUCACAAACAAUGAUAAGGUCUUCCUAAAGCAUAGGGGGUAUGACCAUAACAUGUUAGGCUUUGCUCCUUACGGACCGUAUUGGCGCGGUAUAAGGAAGCUAGCUACGGUUGAGCUCCUCUCGAAUCGACGGCUCGAGGUACUCAAGCAUGUUCCCGACACCGAAAUCAAUAGCUUUAUAAGGGAAUUAUAUGAGCGUUCGGCGAAAAACGGAGGUGUUGCGGUAGUGGAAAUGAAGGAAAGAAUUGGUGACUUAGCAACCAACAUAAUAGUGAGGAUGGUUGCUAGGAAAAGAUACUAUGGUACAGAAGGAAGCUGUAACGAGGAAUCAAGGCGAUGCCAAAAGGCCUUGUGUGAUUUCUUCUAUCUGGCAGGGUUGUUCUUGUUUUCCGAUACGGUGCCUUUUCUCGGUUGGCUCGACGUAGUUACCGGAAACAUAGGAAAAAUAAAGAAGACAGCAAAGGAGCUGGAUAUUGUACUCGGGAGCUGGCUAAACGAGCAUCGCGAACGGAGGCGUCAAAGGGGACCAAGAUUUCAUCGAUGUCAUGUUGUCUGUCAUGGAUGAAAGCAAUGUUCCAUCUCAAGAGGCUGAUGUUACCAUUAAAUCAACUUGCCUGAGUCUUGUCUUGGGUGGC